AUGGUUCAUCCCGAGAGAUUGCCACCGGACGUAUGGCUCGAGGUUUUCGACCUCGUCAAAGAAGAUUGGCCGUACGUCAUGCUCCGGAUAGGUGGCGUCUGCAAGUACUGGCGUUGGAUCGUGCGCACCACCCCCGGGCUGUGGCGCGUGCUCGAGCUCAAAAGCCGCCACUCGAGCGACCUGGCGAGGCUUUGGAAGGACUGCUCCGGAAACCGGAUCAGAUGUCUGCGUAUCCACGAAGAAGCAUUCGCCAGCGCCUUAGGCUGGGCGCAAGAGCUGCGUACUCUUGACCCGACAGCUCUGAAGAAGCUGUCUCUACAUUGCCCCUCCACCGAGCACCUGGUGUGGUCCUUGAACACAUCUCUCGCUCCACUCAGCACCCGCGCGCUGCCCCAACUCGAAGGCGCUUGGUUCUAUCUCACCAACCAAGCUUCGAAAAAGCCCGUGAACCUUUCCGCCUUCUGGAACUGCAUCUUCGGUCACUUCUUCAGCACCCCCCAGGGUCCUCUGGUGAAAGAACUCGGUUUCUUGCACUUCUCCGAGCUCCACCCGCGAUGGGUUCCGCUGCACAUUCCGCCCGAGUUCACCUUCGCCCACCUGCGCAAGCUCGACCUCGCGCGCCUCUACCCGUCCCACAUCGUCGCCUUCCUCGUCCGCUGCCCCAAGCUCGAAGCGCUGUCCAUCGCCGAUUGCCUCCAGGACGACCCGGACCCUCCCCGGCACGCGCUCACGCUCCCGACCGUGCGAGACCUGCAGAUCGACGGCAUCGACUGCGACCUGCUCGGCCCUUUGCUCUGCCCGAACCUGGUCCACCUCGAGAUGCUCGAGGACUACUCGCCGCAGCCCCCGGCCCUCCUCCGGGCGCGGCUCGACUCCGUCCGCGAGCUCGAGCUCCCCUUCUGCACCUGGCCGGCGCAGACGCUGUACGACACGAUCCUCCGCUGCCCGAACGUCGAGUUCCUCGACCUGUGCGCCUACCGCCGCGACGUGAACGACGUGCUCCGUCUGCUCUCUUUCCCGGUGGCCGAUCCCGCGGUGCGCGACGGGUCGACGGUCCCGCUGAAGAAGCUGACGCGCCUCAGCCUCUGGAUGACGCAGGACGUACCGAUCGAGCCGGAUGUGCUCGUGGACCUGGUCGACGCGAGGUUGCCUCUGGGGUUGCGGGGUCCGACCAGAGCGAGGGGAGAGGUCACUCCGCUCGAGUCGAUCAAUCUCGACGAAUGCGCGGUGACGACGACCCGGCCCUUCGAGUGGUUAGAAGAGCAUCUCCGCGAGUUCAUCACGGAUCGCGUAGAAGAACGCUCGCCGGAAGAUGAGUAUACCGAGUACAGCGGUUCCGAAGCAUCGGACGUAGUGGAGUACUUAACCUGA